AUGUCGUUUCCACAGUCUAUUGACGAUUUCAUUCCAGAACAAUUCAAAUUACUAGAUACUAUAUCUUCCUACUCGAAAAACUUUGUUUACUUCUGCAACCAUUGUCAUUCCAAAUUAUUUGAUAAUACAUCCUCUGCUGGAGUCCAAGAAGACCAAAUUCAAAAACUAUUGAGUAAUCAUCUUCUCAUCAAAGAAGUACACUGCAUUGCCUGUAGUGGAUUAAUUGGGUUUCGAAUUAAAAAUUUUAUCCCCGACCAAUAUGGUUAUAUUUAUGAAACACAGAAAGUGAGUGGGUUGAAAGAUUUUAAGAACUUUCUACUAUGCUUGGAAAAUGGAAUAUUGGAAAAACAAAGGUAUUCCAAGUUUGUCAAGAUUAACAAAAGGUAUAUUGAUAAAUAUUUUAUCUGCGUGACAAAUAUAACCACAAAUUCAAAGAGUCUAAGUUAA